AUGGAGUCAUUGAUCGAACUCUGUGAUCUAAUUUCACAAAAUCCUGUACAAUUCGCUGAUAAAUUGACCUGGCUAUGCAAUCGCUGUCCUCAACCAGAGUUUCUCUUAACCGCAUCGCCUAGGGUUUCUCACUCACAAAUCAAUGCAAUCCUCGCAGUUUCUCGAUUCCUGUCCAAAACCCUCGAUCACACCGGUAACCGUCCAAAAUCACUAAUCCUCGCCUUCUUCCGCUCAAUUCCGACGUCGUUUAAUCCUUCCUUCUGGCCACAAUCCUUCUCCAACGACUCGAUCGCGUCAUUUUUUACCGAUUUCUUGGCUUACGUGUCGAAGUCGGCCGAAUUGGAUCCGGAUUUCUCUGAGGAUGUUGCCGGAUUUGUUGGAGAGGUUGUUAUGGCUGCGAUUGAGAACAAUGCCAAUGAGAAUUUGGCGAGUUUGGCGAUUUCUAGGGUGCCGUCGUCCCCUAGUGAGCGAAUUGGGAUGAAUUCUGGAACGUCAUCGUCGCAGAGUUCGCCAUUGAGUAACAAUGCGAAUCAUCACAAUAGUGAGAUUUCGAGUAUGGGGAAUGAUUUGAGUCAAAUCUCAUUGUCUUCGUCAAAUGCGUCGACGACAGUGGUGAUGAAUGGGAGUGGAGUUAUGUCGAAGAGUGGUUUGGAGACAAUGAGUGUGGCAAUUGAUGGAGGUGGGGGAUUGAGCAGGCAACAAGUGGCUUCAUUUGAGGAAGAGAGCGUGGAGGGAUUGGAGAAGCAGGAGAUUGCAUACAAGUUGAUUGGACAUGUUUUAGGUUGUGUUAGGAUAGAUAACAAGCUUUUGGAGCAAGUUAGGUUCAUUGCUAAGAAGCAGCUUCAAUCUCUCUCUGCAUUUUUGAAGGUAACUGCUCCUGUGUAUGAAGGCGCUUGUAGUGCAUUCCAUAUGGAAAACCUAACCUUUAUACGGAAACGGGACUGGAAUGAACAGGGACAGCUUUUAAAAGCAAGAGUCAAUGCAAAACUCUCUGUCUAUCAAGCUGCAGCCAGGAUGAAAGUUCAAAGUCUUGCAUCUCUUGAUGUGGAUGGCAAGACAUCCAAGAGGUUGGUGCUUGAGACUCUGGCAUUGUUGAUAGAUGCUGCAGAAGCCUGUUUACUCUCAGUGUGGCGCAAGUUGAGAAUUUGUGAAGAGCUGUUCAGUUCCUUGCUUGGUGGGAUUGCACAAAUUGCUGUCACCAAGGGAGGUCAGCCAAUGCGUGUCUUGCUUAUUCGCCUUAAGCCACUUGUGCUGACUACCUGUGCACAGGCAUGUGUUAUGGAUAGAUUUCAAUUUUGCAUAUACAAAGCAUGCAACACUGCUGAUACCUGGGGCGGUAGUCAGGGAGCAAUGUUUGAGACUGUCAUGAAGACAAGUUGUCAGAUAAUUGAAUCUGGCUGGACAAAGGAUCGCGCUCCUGUGGACACAUUUAUCUCUGGAUUGGCCUCCAGUAUACGUGAACGAAAUGAUUAUGAUGAACAGGCUGACAAGGAGAAGCAGGGAGUUCCUGCUGUGCAGCUUAAUGUUAUUCGCUUGCUGGCUGAUUUGACUGUUGCUGUUAACAAGUCUGAAGUGGUAGACAUGAUAUUGCCACUUUUUAUUGAAAGCUUGGAAGAGGGCGAUGCUUCAACUCCUGGUUUAUUGCGGCUUCGACUUCUCGAUGCUGUUUCUCGCAUCGCAAGUUUAGGUUUUGAGAAGUCGUAUCGUGAGACAGUUGUUCUAAUGACAAGAAGUUACUUAAGUAAACUAUCAAGUAUAGGGUCUGCUGAAAGCAAAACAUUGGCACCAGAAGCCACCACAGAACGUGUCGAGACUCUUCCUGCAGGAUUUCUUCUGAUUGCUAGUGGGCUUAAAAAUAUGAAAUUGCGUUCAGACUAUCGUCAUCGUUUGCUAUCUCUGUGCUCGGAUGUAGGCCUGGCUGCUGAAUCCAAAAGUGGAAGGAGUGGAGCAGAUUUUCUAGGGCCUCUGCUUCCUGCUGUUGCGGAAAUAGGCUCUGAUUUUGAUCCCACUAUGCAUGUGGAACCAUCACUCUUGAAAUUGUUCCGCAACCUGUGGUUCUAUGUUGCUCUUUUUGGUCUAUCACCGCCCAUUCAGAAAAUUCAACAGCCAGCAAAGUCAGUUUCAACUACACUGAACAGUGUGGGAAGCAUGGGCACAAUUGCUCUUCAAGCAGUGGGUGGACCUUACAUGUGGAAUGCACAGUGGGCGUCUGCUGUUCAGCGAAUUGCUCAAGGGACUCCUCCUCUUGUUGUUAGCUCAGUGAAAUGGCUUGAAGAUGAAUUGGAACUCAAUGCCCUCCAUAAUCCUGGCAGUCGUCGGGGGAAUGGCAAUGAGAAAGCAGCUCUAAACCAAAGAUCUGCUCUUUCAGCUGCUCUAGGUGGCAGGGUUGAUGUAGCAGCGAUGAGCACAAUUUCAGGUGUGAAGGCAACCUAUCUUCUUGCUGUAGCAUUUUUGGAGAUAAUACGUUUCAGCAGCAACGGUGGCAUCCUUAAUGGUGGUGCUAGUUUGAGUGCUUCUAGAAGUGCCUUCAGCUGUGUCUUCGAGUAUCUAAAAACUCCAAAUCUUAUGCCAGCUGUGUUCCAAUGUUUGACGGCUAUUGUUCACAAGGCAUUUGAAGCAUCAGUAUCCUGGCUGGAAGAUCGAAUAACUGAAACGGGCAAUGAAGCCGAUGUGAGGGAAUCAACUCUUUUUUCCCAUGCCUGUUUUCUUAUAAAAAGCAUGUCACAGAGGGAGGAACACAUUCGAGAUAUUUCUGUAAACUUGUUGACUCAACUUAGAGAUAAGUUUCCUCAGGUUUUGUGGAAUUCAUCCUGUUUGGACUCCCUGCUAUUUUCAGUUCACAAUGAGUCACCUUCUGCAGUUAUUAAUGAUCCUGCUUUGAUAGUGUCAGUUCGUUCUUUGUACCAAAGGAUUGUCAGGGAAUGGAUCAGCAUAUCACUUUCAUAUGCCCCAUGCACUAGCCAAGGUCUGCUUCAGGAAAAGCUUUGCAAAGCAAAUACAUGGCAGAGAACGCAACAAACAGCUGAUGUUGUUUCUCUCUUAACUGAGAUACGGAUUGGGACUGGUAAAAAUGAUUGGACUGGCAUACGAACAGCUAAUAUUCCUGCAGUCAUGGCUGCAGCAGCAGCUGCUUCAGGAGCUAACUUGAAAUUGACGGAAGCUUUCAAUUUGGAGGUGCUCAGUACUGGUAUCGUCAGUGCAACGGUUAAGUGCAACCAUGCUGGAGAAAUUGCAGGCAUGAGAAGGUUGUAUAACAGUAUAGGUGGAUUUCAAUCUGGGGGCAAACCAACAGGUUUUGGUAGUGGUCUUCAAAGGUUGAUAACUGGAGCAUUUUCUCAACAACCACCAGCUGAGGAUGAUUCAUUUAAUGAGAUGCUACUUAAUAAGUUCGUACAUCUUCUUCAGCAAUUUGUCAGUAUUGCAGAGAAAGGUGGGGAAGUGGACAAGUCACAGUUUUGUGAUACUUGUUCUCAGGCCACUGCAUUUCUUCUCUCAAAUCUGGCUUCUGAGUCAAAAUCAAAUGUAGACGGCUUUGCUCAACUUCUACGUCUUCUUUGCUGGUGUCCGGCAUAUAUUUCUACUCCUGAUUCGAUGGAGACUGGUGUUUUCAUUUGGACUUGGUUGGUUUCUGCUGCACCACAACUCGGUUCUCUUGUGCUUGCAGAGCUAGUGGAUGCUUGGUUAUGGACAAUUGAUACGAAACGUGGACUUUUUGCGCAUGAAGUGAUGUACUCUGGACCUGCUGCGAAACUGAGACCUCAGCUAGCCCCUGGGGAGCCUGAACCACAGCCUGAAAUUGAUCCUGUUGAACAAAUAAUGGCGCAUAGAAUAUGGAUUGGAUUUUUCAUUGACCGUUUUGAGAAUGCAUUCUGGGUGGGGGUAGUUCGACACAAUAGUGUGGAACAACUCCUGCUUCUUGGUCGGUUGUUACAAGGGACAACCAAAUCUCCCUGGAACUUUUCACGACAUCCUGCAGCUACUGGCACUUUUUUUACCAUCAUGCUUCUUGGUUGGUUUGCUUUUGAGCCUGAAUGGUUUGAUGUAAACAAUGUGAAUUUUGCCCAGAGUGAGGCUCGAUCUGUCGCCGUAUUUGUGCACUAUAUUUCUAAUGAUGGUCAAUCUGAUGCAAGAGGACGGGGGAAUGAGAAUGGGACUUAUUUGGUUGAUAUGAAUGAUCAGUAUCACCCUGUAUGGGGCCAGAUGGGGAACUACGCUGCAGGAAGAGAAAAACGGAAGCAGCUUCUUUUGAUGCUAUGCCAGCAUGAAGCUGAUAGGCUUGAAGUUUGGGCACAACCCACUAACUCUAAGGAAAAUACAUCUCGACCUAAAAUCAGCUCAGAGAAAUGGAUUGAAUAUGCUAGGACUGCCUUCUCUGUGGAUCCAAGGAUCGCCUUAUGCUUGGUCUCAAGGUUACCAACAAAUACUAAUUUGAAAGCUGAAGUAACUCAACUAGUUCAGUCGCAUAUUUUGGACCUCCGCUGCAUCCCUGAAGCAUUGCCAUAUUUUGUCAACCCGAAGGCUGUUGAUGAAGAUUCAGUGCUUUUGCAACAACUGCCUCAUUGGGCUGGAUGUUCAAUCACUCAAGCACUUGAGUUCCUGACUCCUGCAUACAAGGGUCAUCCACGUGUGAUGGCAUAUGUUCUUAGAGUUUUGGAGUCUUACCCUCCAGAGCGAGUGACUUUCUUUAUGCCACAGCUAGUACAAUCUUUGCGAUACGAUGAUGGGGCUGUUGGUAUUGGAUUGAGGUUAGUAGAAGGAUAUUUGCUCAGAGCAGCUCAGAGAAGUGAUAUAUUUGCCCAUAUUCUGAUAUGGCAUCUGCAGUCAUGGAUUCUUUAUGCAUGGCAGGGUGAAACGUUUACAUCAGAAGCAGGAAAAGAAGUUGCCUCUGGAAAGAAUGGUUCUUUUCAAGAACUGUUGCCAGUUGUUCGUCAGCAUAUUAUUGAUGGUUUCACUCCCAAGGCCCUCGACUUGUUUCAAAGGGAAUUUGAUUUCUUUGAUAAAGUUACAUCUAUUUCCGGUGUUCUCUAUCCACUUCCUAAGGAAGAACGCCGAGCUGGUAUUCGGAGGGAGUUGGAGAAAAUUGAAUUGGUCGGAGAAGACCUUUACUUACCAACUGCUCCUAACAAGCUUGUUAGGGGUAUCCGGGUGGACAGUGGAAUACCUUUACAAUCUGCAGCAAAAGUUCCCAUCAUGGUGACAUUUAAUGUGGUUGAUCGGUGUGGGGACCAGAAUGAUGUAAAACCCCAAGCUUGCAUCUUUAAGGUAGGAGACGAUUGUCGACAGGAUGUUCUUGCUCUUCAAGUCAUAGCACUCCUUAGAGAUAUAUUUGAAGCAGCUGGACUUAAUCUCUACUUGUUUCCUUAUGGAGUUCUCCCUACUGGUCCUGAGAGAGGCAUAAUUGAGUGCAAUGUUACCUGGAAUACAGCUCAAUAUGAUAUGCAGAAUGAGAGCAAGAGUGCAGUUUGCCACAUAGAGUUGAAUGCUGUACCUACAAGAUAUGUUGUGCCUAACACACGGAGCAGAAGUCAGAUGGGUGAAACAACAGAUGGUGGCUUGUAUGAAAUCUUUCAACAAGAUUAUGGGCCCGUUGGCUCUCAUAGUUUUGAAGUUGCACGUGAGAAUUUUAUCAUUAGUAGUGCUGGUUAUGCAGUCGCCAGUCUUCUACUUCAGCCAAAGGAUAGACACAAUGGGAAUCUUCUCUUUGACAACGUGGGGAGGCUUGUUCACAUUGAUUUUGGUUUUAUCUUGGAAACAUCACCGGGUGGAAAUAUGCGCUUUGAGAGUGCACACUUCAAGCUGAGCCAUGAGAUGACUCAGUUACUAGAUCCCUCUGGUGUUAUGAAGAGCGAAACUUGGUUCCAAUUUGUAAGCUUGUGUGUGAAGGGGUAUCUGGCAGCCCGCCGCUACAUGGAUGGGAUAAUCAACACGGUGAUGUUGAUGCUUGACAGUGGAUUACCAUGCUUCAGUAGGGGUGACCCAAUUGGAAAUCUUCGCAAGAGAUUUCACCCUGAGAUGAGCGAGCGUGAAGCUGCCAAUUUCAUGAUCCGUGUGUGCACAGAUGCCUACAAUAAGUGGACCACUGCUGGCUACGACUUGAUACAAUAUAUUCAACAGGGCAUUGAGAAGUAA